AUGGGACAAGAGAUGAAGUUGGAUGUCAAUGUGAAGUCUUCAGAGGGUCUGAGUCCCGAUACUGUUCUGUCAUCUCAUCAAUAUCCUUUAAAUGUCAAGAGGAGAUAUAAAAAAGUGAAACACAUUGGGAAAGAUGAAUUUUGGACCGUCACAGAAGACUUAUCCAAAAUCAGGUUUGCUAGGUUCCGCAGUUCUUCAUGUAAAAGCAUUCUCUCUAGACCUAAUGGGCAGGAAGUUAAUGUGGAAAUGAGGCGUGCUUCCAUGCAUCAGAGUUCGGAGGAGGUAAAUUCUGAUGAUGAAGGUCCUAGAAAGAAAUCUUCAUUGAUGCGUAAGGAUUCAAAAAUGAAGUCACGAAAUGAUAGAGUUACUGUUUCUCAGGAGAAAGAUGCAGUUCAUUCAUUGGUCAAAUCAUUCUCUGCCAAGGUGGAGGUCUCUCACUUGCUAUCUCCUUCAAAAAACGAGUGCUCAUCAAAAGCCAAUUCUAACGUCCAGUCCACCUCUAUCAAGAAAAUGCUCAAUUCAUUCAUGAAGUCCAAAUCUUUGACAAAAAAGUAUUCUGAUAUUAUUUCCGAGUUUAUCAGUAGAGAUAUCCAGCAUUCAGGGAGUGCAAGUUCUCCAGUCCACCUGCACGGUAGUCUCAAGUUUGAAAACAGACAUGGAGUUCCUUUUUUUGAGUUCAAGGUGAAAUGCCCUGAAGAUCUUUUAGUGGCCAAGACGUGGAGUGUGGAUAAUGCUUUCAAUUGGGUAUAUACCUUUCAUUCUGUUGAUGCUAGAAAGAAAAGCAGUGCCACUGGCUUGGAAUCCCAUGAUUGUGGCAGAGGUUCCUCAAUGGUAGCAAAAAUGUUAGUUUUCCUCUAA